AAUUAAUUUUUUUUUAACCUCAUAGGAUAGUGUUUGCCCAUGAAAGCUACUGCAGCCAUCUUUUUUGACUGAUAAAUUAGAGUAUUUCAGAGAGGCCCAGCCUUGAUGACCCCUGAGGUCCCUGGCCCUCUCAAUACUGUAUCUUAAAGAGUAUAUGCCAUGAGUCUAGAGGGCACUUGGGGGAGGGAGAUCAAUCACUUCUGGAAGGAGUGAAUCAGGGCUGGCAUCCUGGAGGUGGCACUCAAGCCAGGCUUUAAUGAGGAGCCUGGGUCUGGGAGUAUCAGAGGAAGGGAACACCUAAGCAAAGUCAUGGAAGUGGGCUGUUUAUGGGGAAAAGGAAAGGAAUAGUGGACAAUAUGGUGAGGGAUGGUGUUGAAGAUAAAGUGUUGAUAGACCUUGAGUGUUAGGUUAGGGAACUUAAACUUUAUUAUUAGGCCUGGAGUUAUUUUGAUGGUUUCCGAGAAUGGAAAUGAUGAUAUUGGAGCUGGCUUCAAAGGACUUGUCGUCCAGGGCAAUAUAUGGAAUAUACUGCAGGGAGGAAGCUGGCGGGGAGAACCUGGGAAAGAGAUGAUUGCAGUGCUCUGAAAGAGACCACGUGGGCCGGAAAGGGGCUAGUAGGAAUGGGGAGAAAGGGGCUUAACCAGAGUCAUUGCUAACAGGGUGUGUGAGGAGAGGAGUGGGGUAGGUGGGAAGAGAAGUAAUCUGCCUGGGCUCAGGGAUUUUCACAGGUAACUUCAUUUAGUUCUCCCAACAAUCUUAUGAGAUUGUUAUUAUUGUUCUCACUUUGUAGAGGAGGAGACAGUGUCAGAGAGGAUAAGUAACUUUUCCAAGGUCACACAGCAAAUAAGUGGUAGAGCAGGGGUUCAAACCCAGACAAAAAUGAGAUAGAUCCAAUCUGGUGACUAAAUAAUAAAUGUCAUGGGCAAGAGGAGGUAGGAGCCCUUGAUGAUGGAGGUAUGGGUUCCAGGGCCUGGGUGGCUGGUUAUGCCACCAGUGGAAACAAAACCCUGGGAACAGGGUCUGGUUUGGUGGGUGAUUGGAGACAUGUCAGGCUGUGGUGGUGCCGUGCCGAGCUCACAGAAGGCAAUCCCCAUCAAUGGGAGGGGGGCCAUGGUGGCCAUCAGCUCUGCACACCGUGCUCUGUGGCUCAGUGUCACGACAGUUUGCCAUGCCUGCUGUGAGGAAAAAGGGUGGAGCCUUCAGGUUCCUAGGAACUGACGAGGUGGCUGGGAGAAGCUGGUCCCCCAGGGACUCCUCCAGGACCCAGACAGUCAGUCACUGAGUUCAUAUCACUGCCUCACUUUUCUCCCCCACAGAACAACUGUAUGUCCUGUCACAGUGCACAUGUGACUCAUGUACUCGCCAGGAUUCCCUGGGUGAGAAUUCGUUCAGGUGAUCAUGUUUUCCCAGGCCCUGGUUUCCUCCUGUGUUUCCCCCAUAGAGUAGUUAGACUGGCCCUAAAGAAGUACAGAAUACUGUGGAAUUCCACGAGUGCCUUUCAGGUCCUGAGAGCAGGCAGGCCAGGGCCUGUUACAAUGUCACAGAAUCACGGCGUUCUAGGGAUAUGUCUGCUGUAUUUUAAAGAUGGGGAAACUGAGACUUUGGAGAAUCAUGGUGUUUUGCCCAAUGGUUAGUGAGUGGUAGAGCUGGUAUCCUCUUUUUUUUCCUUAAAACACACACACACACACACACACACAUACACGUAACAUACACAAAACAGUACAUUAUUUCCAGUCAUCCACCCACCUGUCGAGAAAUUUCUUUGACAUCUCAGAUUGUUUCCUUACCUCUAAGAGAAAGUUGAUAAGGCACAGUUUAGUUAGAGAGCCAGAAAAUGUCCUGUCCAAAUAUGAGCCCUGGUGACCCAGUGAUUAAGAACUCAGCUGCUAACCAAAAAAUUGGCAGUUCAGAUCCACCAGGCACUCCUUGGAAACCCUACGGUGCAGUUCUACUCUGUCCUAUAAGGUCGUUAUGAAUUGGAAUCAACUCAACAGUAGCAAAUUUUUUGUUGUUUUUUAGUUAGGUCAAAGGAGUCCCUGGGUGGUGCAAACAGUUUAUGUGCUCUGCUGCUAACUGAAAGAUUAGAGGUUUGAGUCCACCCAGAGGCACCUCAGAAGAAAGGCCUGGUAAUCUAUUUCUGAAAAAUCAGCCACUGAAAACCCUAUGGAGCACAGUUCUACUCUGACACACGUGGGAUCGCCAUGAGUCAGACCUGACAGCAACAUUUUUUUUAUGUUAGGUCGAAAGGUACCUGUGUGCACUACCAGAACGCUAAGGCAUAAAGGAAAGGCAGAGGAGAGGAUGGCUGUGGAAGAAGAAGGAGAGACAAAGGGAAGAAAAAAAGGAAGAAAGGAAAAUCUGAGUUUAUGGCACAGAUAACUUGGUGCCAUAGGAGAGCCAUCUUUGGAGACCUGCCCAGGCUCCCCAAUAGUCAGAGAGGCAGCAUGAAACAGGGAGGUAAUCAGGUGGGCAUAGAACAGACAAGAGCUAGUCAGCUUUAUAAUUUAUUGUCCAACAUAGAACACUUAUGAGAGUGAAAGCAAGGUUAUUAAUAAUUAUGCUCGGACAACAGGCAUAUGCCAGGAUGUCCUGGGCAAACUGGUCACCCUCAUGACAACCAGUACGCAUUAAGUGCUAGACAUGGUUCCAAGGGCUGUAUGUGUAUUUACUCACUUAAGCCUCACAACAACCUAGCUGAGUGGGUGCUGCUGUUCUCUAUGUUCUGGCUCAUCUUUGCCUUGUAAACACUCUGCCCUUUCAGAAUAGGUCACUGAGGUCCUAUGGCUGGGUUAGGCUCAGGAAGGAAAAACUUCUCGAAGGCCAGUGUUGGGACUGGGUUCCUGAGGGACCUUGUCAGCCUGGGGCAACUAGAAGGCACCAAGGUGUGAUGGACGGUUACGUUCAGAGACCUCUUCUGCUUGAGGAACAUAGCAUUUUCUUUCGUGACAGAUUCCUGGGCGACAGCGUGUUCUCUUUGUCAGUUUGCUUUGGUUCCCAGCCCCUUCCCUCCCCUCAGCUUUCUCCGAUGUCAGCAGGGCACUUUCUUUCCCUGUCUGUUUGCUGACACGUUCUGGGCAGGGUCAGCCAAGCAGCAGCCUCAGUGCAAAUUCAGGGGCAGAAGGAGCCUGACUUAGGCAGAUGCUCCAGGCUUUUCUGGGAGAUGCAGGGAGGUAGGAACAGGCAGGCUUUGAUGUGGUUCAUAUUCCAAGGGCCUCUGUCCCCACUACCUGUGCUGAAGGGGCCAACAGAACAUGAGGCUGGGCCUGAGAAGUUGUGGGAGGGUGGAAACAGUGCCUUCUCCAGGGAGGCCCAGCUUGUGGCUGGAUUGGUUUAGCACCUGCUCUCUGCUCCCAGCUCUCCCCUGGGUCUGUGGAAUUCUGCGUUGUAGAGGGCUUAGAGGAAAGGUGAGGUUUAACACACAUGUGUGCCAAGACCUAAGGGGCCAGCAGGCGUGGGUGCCCUCCUCCCAGAGCCUGCAUGUGUGUUUCUGUCUGAGUAGCUUCCUUCACUCUCUUUUUAUCUCACAGCAGCACCCGGAAAAGUAGGAGGUUGGCUACAAUGGCUCAAUUACCAGUGCAGGCAAGAGGAAAAUGUCCUAUUACCUGGGCGAUUGGUUUAUUUUCAUUUUAUUUACUUUAGAGAUUGUUCAGUGUUGAGCUCCAGGAUUUGCAGGAGGAGUUUUACUGGUAAAUGAAUGAAGCUUUGCCACAUUGUCUAAUCCACAUAGGCACACACCCUCACCCUGUGGAAUGGAAGGGUGAAUUAGUGCUGACCCAGGGAGGGAGACAGACUUCCUGCAGCCCCACCCUGACUAAACACAGAACUCCAGGGAGCCCUUUCCUGCUGCACCUUGAGGUUGGAUGAACAGAAAUGCAUCAAACAUGGUCGAGAGCCUUGCCUGAAUGAAUUCAUUCAAUCCUUACAGCAGCCUUUAGAUAGGUACUAUUAUCAUAAUUAUCCCCAUUUUCCAGUUGAGAAAACCUAGGCUCUGAGAGGUUGAAUAACUUGCCCAAGGUCACACAGCUAAUAAGAGGCUGAGCUGAGAUUUGAACCCAGGCAACCUGGCUCGGUUUUGAUUCUAACCAGUCACGUGUCCUCAGGAUUAUUAACCCUUGUAGCCUGAGUGAAAUGGGGAAAAUUACGUGCUAAUUCAUCUCAGGUGAGCUAAUGGAUUUGAAAAGGCACCAUGGUCAAGGCUUACCUGGCACCAUUGGUCAUGGCGUCUUUACUUGUUUUAAGAGUUUGCUGUUCAGAGUUCCGUUAUCGUCCUCCUUAUCAGUGUGUCAGCCUUGGACUAGAAUUCCCCAGGGGCCGGGGAUAGAAUCUGUUACCUAGUUAGCAUCUGUGCUUACUGAGCCCCUUCUGUGCCAGCAGGAGAUCUGGUUUAAGAAGAGAGGACAUGAUCCCUGCUACAAGCAUUCACAGUCCCCUCGGGUGAGGGAAUGAUGUGUCUCAAAGGCCACCAAUGGUAUUAGUAUUUAUAGGUAAGCAGAAUAAAGCAUGUUUCUUGUGACUUCACAGAGGAGGUGGGAUUUGAUGUAGACCCAGAAGAAUGCGCAGACUUUGGAAAGCCAGAGGGGAGAAUGGAAGGUGGGGCAUGUGAGGAGAACAUGGUGGACAAAAGCAUGUUUGUGAGUGGUGAGCGAGCCAGCCUGCCUGGAAGGUUGCCGUUAGAGGCCUCUGUCAGCGACUCAGCCUGUCCAGCUUCCAGCAGAGCUCCCCACCAGAGAGCUGCCUUUCUGGGCUUUUAAGGACCAGAAAGUUGGGGAAUAGGCAGCUGGGAAAUGCUGCUGGUCCCUGAGGCAGCUUCCCGACUGUGGAAAAGCCCAGCCGGUGAGGCACUGCAGUCGCAGUUCCCUGAGGCACAGCUUAUGCUGGCAUGUCCUUCCUUCUGGGACAUGAAUGGGAGGCAGAAAGGUCACAGGGAAGGGGAUUUUUUGUGGAAAAGCCCAGCCGGUGAGGCACUGCAGUCGCAGUUCCCUGAGGCACAGCUUAUGCUGGCAUGUCCUUCCUUCUGGGACAUGAAUGGGAGGCAGAAAGGUCACAGGGAAGGGGAUUUUUUGUGGGGGAGCAGAAGGUGGUUUGCCAAAAUGACUCUUUCUAUAACCUGAGCAGGACUGAAAACUAGAGGCUUUCUUCUGAAAAGCGAGGGUCUUCUCAACAGGCAGCAGCACCACCGUCCCCAGACGAGAAUGCUGAGGGGCUGGAGAAGCGGAGGAGGUUCUUGCUAGUUUCAUUCUGUGGGUACAGUCAUCUGAAUCAUGGUCAGAAAUGACUAUGGGGGACAUAUCAUCAGCAGAAAAGACUGAAUGUUCUGCAUACGAACCUCUAGAUCUUUCUCUGGUGACAUGGCUUGUGGUGGCGUUUUAGUUUUCAAGUCUCCCAGGAGUUUGAGUUAAAUGGGCAUCCUGGAUAAAGGUCAUCUCCGCAUGUGGGAGGUCUUGACUCACAAAGUCUUCUGGAUGGAUCUGUGCAUGGACACGGCCGGGUGGAGUCUCCCUCCCCUGCACAAUCCAACAGAGAGAAGGUGUCCCAACUCUGCUUUAUGUCUUUGUUGUUUCAGUGUCUCUAGUGGGCUGAGAGUUGGAACAUACAUAGGAUUUGGCUCCAGAAAGUCCUACAGUGAUGCUCUGUCUUGCCUUCCCUGGCUGCACAGUAGCCUCGCUGUCAGAAGCCCCCUCUACCUGGGCAACCUUUCUGCUGCUGGUUUUUGUUGCUUUCUGGUUUCUAAAAUUCUCUUUCAGCCAAACGAGCUGCUGUGCAACUGUCUUCGUUUACAUCAGGUUCUGUGCUAAGUGCUUUACACAGCACCUUGUAAAAUCUCCCAACAGUCUUAUAAAGAGGUUAUUAUCCUCCUCUCUUUUCAGUUAAGGAAACUGAGCAACAGAGGUGUAAGUAAUGCCCCCUGAUCUUUCUUCUAGACAGGGGUGUAGUUGUAUAGAACCAAGCAUAGCUGGCCCUGCCUUGGCACAUUGUUGUCUACUAGGGAAAACUAGAACCCGCAUGGAUUUGGCUACAUAUUAUAUGAACCGCAUUCUAGUAGGGUUCUUAACUGGAGCCAUUAGCCAUAAAGGAUUUUCUUGAAAAUAGGUUAUUACAUACCAUGGACAAACUGCUCAUGGAAUUUACCACACAACUGCCAAAUUAAGCUUUUUAAGUAAUUACACAUGUACUGUAAAAGUGUGAGUUUAGCUCUGACCAUGAGUACCUCCCCAAGCAGACAGUGGGCGAAUCUUCUCUGGCUGGCAGAGGCUUCGUCACUGCCUUGGUUCUUGUCCUUGAUCGUGAUCAGUUGCGCUUUUCUGUCCCCUCUUGUUAUCUUGUUGCAACUUGACUCUGCACUCGCUCAGGAAACAGUUCAUUUCUCAGGCUUGGUUGUCCUGUCCAUUCCUCCGGCAGGCAUUUUUUAUGGCAUUUUUUACGGCAUUUUUUACCUGUGAUGUGUCCCUCUGGUACACUCCCUGUUGCUUGUUAAUACCCUGUCUAUGGACUGUACUAAAGGAGCCCCAGUGGUGCAGCGGUUAAAGCGCCUGGCUGCUGACCAUCAGGUCCAUGGUUAGAACCACCAGUUCCUCUAAGGGAGAAAGAUGUGGCAGCCUGCUUCUGCAAAGAUUACAGCCUUGGAAACCCUAUGGAGCAGUUCUCUUCUGUCCUAUAGGGUCACUAUGAGUCAGAAUUGACUUAACGGCAAUGGAUAUGGACUGCACUAGCCCCUGCUGUGUCUCUCAGUGCUCAGAUUUUUGGGACCUCAUCUUUGCUUGGGGCUCAGGAUUCUGACAUUGGUGGAUGUUGCUUAAUUCUUUGGGAAUAAAGUCAGCAAGAGCAGCAGCAAAAAAAAAAAAAAAAACCAAUAGACUUUCACAUGGAUCCCACGCGUAAUAAUUAGGUAAUUUAUAGAAUGCCUGCCAUGUGCCAGGCACUGUUUCUAAUCUAGGUCUUGUUGUUGUUAGGUGCCAUGGAGCUGGUUCUAACUCAUAGCGACCCUAUGUACAACAGAAAGAAACACUGCCUGGUCCUGCACCAUCCUCACAGUUGUUACUAUGUCUGAGCUCAUUGUUGCAGCCACUUGUCAAUACAUCUUGUUGAGGGUCUUCCUCUUUUUCACUGACCCUCCACUUUACCAAGCAUGCUGUCCUUCUUUAGGGACUGGUCCCUCCUGAUAACAUGACCAAAGUAUGUGAGAUGAAGCCUCGGCGUCAUCCUUGCUACUAAGGAACAUUCUGGCCAGAAUCUAGGUCUUAGCAUCCCCAUUUUACAGAUGAGGAAACAGAGGCUCAGAGAGGCGAAAUAACUUUCUGGGUUCACAUAUCUGGUUUUGGCAUAAAUGCCAACAUCACGGACACCUCACCUGGUGCUGCCGAUGCUCCUGCAUUAGACUGGCUCCCUACAAAGAGUUGACCUCUUGGGUUGUGGGGUUUCCUUGAUAAUAGAGCUCUGUUAACACACCUGUAAAAUGGAAGCAGGUGAACCCAGGAGGCUCCAAUUUACCUUCUCAAAAAUAUACGCCAUUCAGAAAUAAUAGGGAUAGGGAAGGCCAGUUAAAAAGUCUGAUAUAGAACUUCAUUUUAAGAAAUGCAAUUUUAAUACAUUGAACCACAGCUUGAACCAGAAACAAAGACACAAAAAGGAACCAUUAAGGGAAAUGAAUGUUGAUGAAAAAGGAAAAUUACUAGGCCUCCAUUAUCUAAUCCCACAUUUCAAACUGAAUUUUUUUUUUAAACACAUGAGCCCUAUGGAGUUAGAAUAAAAAGGUCUAAUGUGUCCUGAAUAGCAAUUACAUUAUGCCACAUACUAUGUCUGAAUAUUCUCACACUUUAGAGUCUAAGUCAGUCAGGGUGGUCUUAUUUUGGGUUAAUGCUGAAAAAAAUGUAUCGACAGGUACUUAUUGAACACCUACUGUGUUCAGUGCAUUAUACUGGGUGAAAGAACAAAGGACAGGCUGCUUCUUUUGACCAGACAGGAGCAAAAGACAGCUGGAGCACCCCAGGCAGCAUGUAUGGCUAUUGCCAUGGGGGAGGAAUUGACUGUAUGUGCUCUAGAGGGAAACCGGGUUUUGGAAGGCCCUGAGUAGGUGGAAGUGAGCUAGCUGGGCAUUCAAGGGUGGUAGAAUUCAGUAGGUAGAUGGUGGCAGGGAGCCCUGGUGGGAAAUUCCAUUAGAGUCCAUCAGUCCAUCUUAAUAGAUAGUGUCUGAGGACCAUUCUGCCUGGAAAUUAAACCAGCAAAGUUCUUCCCAAGCCAUAAAAUAUUCCUUAACCCAUUGCCAUCAAGUCGAUUCCAACUCCUGGUGACCCCAUAUGUUGCAGAGUAGAUCUAAGCUCCGUAGGCUAUGCUUCCAUCCAGGACAGCAUGGAGAGCCCGGGAAAUAGAGUGGGAAUCACAGUUUUCUCACAGAAUGGAAAAAAUGAGGCUCAGUCGUCUUCAAGAAACAAAUAAUCCAUGGUGUGUCCUGAUUAUUUGAAGCUUCUGUCCUCCUUUUGCAAAUAUUUGGCCAGAAGGGUGGAGGGUGGAGGGAACAAUGGAGAAUAAAGGGAGGAGGAUGAUGGGUGUUGACUGUGUGUCUGUGUCUGUGUGUGAGAGAGAGAGAGGUUGAGAACCGUUGACUGACUUGGUGUAGAUUCAAGUCAUCUCUCAUGCAUUGAGUGCCUGCCAUAUAUAAAGCCCUGCGCUACAAGGUAGUAUAUUAUUAUCAUCCUUAACUUAGAGGUGAGUAAACUGAGGCUUAUAGAAGCUAAGCAACUUGCUCAAGGCUACACAGUCAGUCAGUGUAGAAUCAGAAUUCAAAUCCAGCCAUUUGGACUGCAGAGCCCACUCUAAGUUACAGAACCUUGGUUGAUAAAGCUCUUGGUGAAUUGCACAGCAGCCCCAGCCCCAGACUCUGCUUUUAAAUACUUACAACAGUGCAAUGAGGUGAGUAUCAACACUGGGUAUUAUAGACCCAACAAUACAGAUUAAAUGGAAUCAUGAUGGUGGAAGCACUUAGUAACUUGUAAGAUGCUCUACAAAUACAGGAUAUUAUUAUUGCCUGCAAUUUACAGAUGAGGAAAAUAAAAUUAGAAAGGUUAAGUGGUCUCCCCAAGGACAUAGGGGUAGCAAAUGGCAGAGUGAGGAUGCAAAGCCAGGUCUUCGAAUUUCAGGCCCAGAGUUUUUGUUUCCUUGACACCAUCAAGGAAAGAUUGGUGCCGGGUUUAUCUGUUUCCCAGAAAAGUGUUGUGAAAUGAGAAUUAGGUAGAGAACCUAAAGGUAACUAAGUUAUCCCUUCUGCCUUAGUCAUCUAGUGCUGCUAUAACAGAAAUACCACAAGUGGAUGACCUUAACAAAGAAAAGUUUAUUCUCUCACAGUCCAGAAGGCAACAAGUCCAAAUUCAGGGUGUCAGCUCCAGGGGGAAGGCUUUCUCUCUCUGACAGCUCUGGACUCCUCCUUGUCCUCAAUCUUCCCCUAGUCAAGAAGCUUCUCAGGCACAGGGACCCUGGGUCCAAAGGACGCAUUCUGCUCCUGGCCCUGCUUUCUUGGGGGUAUGAGGUCCCCCCUUUCUUUUUAUCUCUUGAGAGAUAAAAGAUGGUGCAGACCACACCCCAGGGAAACUCCCUUUGCAUUGGAUCAGGGGGGUGACCUGAGCAAGAGUGUUGCAUCCCACCCUAAUCCUUUUAACCACAGGCAGAAAUUAUGGUUUAUAACACAUAGGAAAAUCACAAAAUGGAGGGCAACCACACAUGGCCUAACCAAGUUAAUACACACAUUUUUGGGGGGACAUAAUUCAAUCCAUGACAUCUUCUUAGUCACCUUUUACUGCUUUGUUUUUUCUCUGCCUUUUAAGUCCUAAAUGAAACUGAGGGUGAAGACAGGAUUGGGGCGAGGGGUCUCUCAGGGUCGGGGAUAGGGAUGGCUGGAACUGACGAGGGAUCACUUCUGUGUCUCCAUCACGUAGGUGGAGGGAAAGCCCUGGGGAAGGAAGGAGCUCAGGGGACCAUGGGCAGGACAAGCUGUUCUGCACGUGGGUGGGCCAACAGGUACUUUGUGUCCUCAUAAAACUGAGAACACAGAUUACUUUUAAAUUGUGAGUUAAACUGGAAUCCAGGCUAUCUGCCACGAGGCGUGUGUGUAUACAUGCUGUAUUUUUUUAAAUAAAGAAAUCAUAAAUAUCUUAUUCAAAAGAUCUUAGACUUAGUGCUGGAAAGAUGAAAAGAAAACAUCCGCUAAACAUCAGCUCUGGGGCGUAGAUUCAUACAAUAUGAAAAAAUGCGAGCGUUUUAUCUUAGAUCUGAAGCAGAGGGGCAAGUCCUUGGUUGCUAACAAUAUUUAUUUGUUUACUUAUUAAUUUUUGAAGGGAUGACAAAUUAACAUUCAUUUUACAGCUUAGAGAUGCAGAAGCCAUGUUGGGAGCUUUUAUAUAUGUUUGCUCAUGUAUUCUUCACAAAUACUUUGCAUAAGUGACACUAUUUAAGAAAUUUGUAAGAUGAGAAAAUCGAGACCCUAAUUAACUUGGUUCAAGCAUCACAAAUAGUAAGAGAUGGCAGCGAGAUAAGAAUAUAAGUGUGCCUGACUCCAAAUCUGUGUACCUAUUUUCAAGCUUGUUUUUAAUUUCUUCAAGCACAUAAGUCGGUGUCUGGAGAGUCCAUUAUCCAAAGUCCCUGGACAGUGAAUUCCUUCCUUUCUUGCCAGCUCAUUAAUGAUUUUAGGAAAAUUGUUUCUUAUACUUUAUACAGAAUUUUCAGUUGUUUCAGAAGGGUCAAUCUAGAUACCUAGCCUGCUGUAUUGCUGGAAAUAGAAGCUUAGCAUUUUUAUUUAAAAUUGAUAAAAUUAUGGGAGGGAAAAGGAAUCAAAUGGAAGUUAUCAUUCAGGAACCUAAAAUUGCACACACUGUACUAAAUGUUUUUUUAAUUUAAUUUUAAUUUUUUUGUGUGAAAAUAUACACAGCAAAAAGGAUAUAUUAUUUCAACAAAUUCUACCCAUACAAUUCAGUGACAUUGUUUACAUUCUUCAAGUUGCGUAACCAUUCUCACUAUCCGUUUCCAAAUUAUUCCACCCCUCGUGCCCCAGCUGUCAUUAAUAAAUGUUUUAAGAUUCUAUAAAAGAAUCUUGAUCAACAGGGAGGAAAAAACAGAACAAUUUCAAGUUCUCAAUAGAAUCCAUUGAGGCUGGUGAACACGCAAAACUAAAUGUGUUUGAUGAGCCCCUGAAGCGUGCACGAAGUGUCUUAAUGAGAGUCCGCUCACAGUGAGGGUUGCUCAGCUAGAGCGGCAGCGCAAUGGAGACUUGUUCUAAUGAGCACCCCAUCCACACAGGACGGGACACCAGAAGUAGCAUGACCAAACAAAAUGAGUUUCAAUUCAGUGAGACCUGAGAUCUGUAUUUCCAAUAAGUUCCCAGAUGCUGCUGGUGCUGCUGUUCUGGUGACCACUUUGAGAACCACCGGUGCAGAGCUUGAGCUCUGGAGCUCUUCUGCCUAGGCUCAUAUCCUGCCCCUGACACUCACUUCCUGUUAUCAUUUAAGCUUUCCAUGCCUCAGUUUACUUGUCCAUGAAAUGGGGCUAAUAAUAUGAGCUACCUCAUAGGCUUUGGGGGAGGAUGAAAUGAGUUGACACUCACAAAGCAGUUAAAGUUGUGCCUGGUUCAUUUUAAGUGCUCAGGAAAUGUUAGCUGCCGCCGUCAUUCAUUACUGUUUUUAUCGGUAUUCAUAGUCUUGAUCGUAAAUGUCUACACCUCCCUCAACGUUUCUCUACUCUUUGUUCAAGAUUUUAGCUUAUUUUCUGAGGAGCUGUUUGCCCAUUCUCUUCCACCCUGAGUCUUCCUUGCUUUCUCUUUUUGUGCCCACUCAGACCAGUAUGAAUACCUGAUUAUUGCAUGUGGUUCAAUGAUGUCAUCAAGGACCCAAAUUCUUUCUAUCUUUCUGUUCUGCCCUCAAACUUCCCUUUCAUAGUCACAUUGUAGCUUCAGAAAUUCUAGUUGACACACUUAAAAAUACAACAUUUACCAGAGUAAAAUGUCCCUGAAUCUCCUUUUUUCAAAGUCAGGAAAACGUUUCCAGAAGCACCUUCAGGAGGCCUCUCCCGUGUCUGAAUGACCAGAGGUGGUCACAAGCCCACCGCUAACCUGUCCGCUGGCAAGGGAUCUGGGUGAGGCCUCUGAGCUGGGAUGGACCCCUGAACAAAAUUGGAAUUAUGUUAGAGAGGAGGAAGGGAGAAAUGGAUGUUGCUUAGGCAAGCAACACUGUCUGCUUCAAAGCCUGACCCAGACCCCAGCUGGAAGUUUAUAUAAAAAGUCACAGGGUAGAAGCUAAGUGAUUCCAAAGUUCUUUUCCACCUUGAGAGUCUAUAAUGAAUUACCUGACGUCAGAAUGAGGAAACCUUUCCUCUCUGUUCCACCUGCAGGUCAUGCUCUGACCAUAGGUGCCCUUCAGGAGGCUGGCGUGGAGACACAAUCAGGUCAUCAAGCUGCUUGUCAAGGGUGUGGUGGCACUGGGUGGCCACUCUUCUUCCAUGAGCUCAGCCUCGCUCUCCACCCAGCACUCGGUGUGGCCACGUCUCUUCCUAGGCAGACAGCUGCAGGAGGAACCCUGGGGGAGCCACUACCCAGCAGCCUGGGAUUCAGACUAAGCUCCUGGAGAGCUCAGUCACGUUUUGCUGCCCUGCCUACUUCUAGGUUCUGAAAACACUUGAAGAAACUGAUAAAUCUGGAUGGCUACCCCCAACCAGAGGAUGGGCUCCAGACCCCAGAGCCCUGGUCAGGGGCCAAAGGGGAGCGAGGCUGGCCUGGGUCCCCUGGACAGCCUGGAGUGGAAGGAGCCCCAGAAGCAGACACCAAGCCGACUGGCCAUGCUGAAGAAGGCACAGGAAUUCUUCCAGACCUGUGACGCAGAGGGCAAGGGCUUCAUUGCCAGGAGAGAUAUGCAGAGGCUCCAUAAGGAGUUGCCACUCAGCCUGGAGGAGCUGGAGGAUGUGUUUGAUGCCCUGGAUGCUGAUGGCAAUGGCUUUCUGACCCCAGAGGAGUUUACUACUGGAUUUAGUCACUUCUUCUUCAGCCAGAGUAACACAAGUCAGGAAGAUGCAGGUGAACAGGUGGCCCAGCUCCAGGAAGAGAAGGUGUAUCAGUCCAGAGGGGAAGAGGAUCUGGGUGACAUGGACAAAGAUGAGGAAGCUCAGUUCCAGAUGCUGAUGGACAGACUUGGAGCCCAAAAGGUUUUGGAAGAUGAAAACGAUGUCAAGCAACUCUGGCUGCAGCUGAAGAAGGAUGAACCUCACUUACUGUCCAACUUUGAAGAUUUCUUGACCAGGAUCUUUUCCCAGCUCCAAGAAGCCCACGAGGAGAAGAACGAACUGGAAAGCGCCCUGAAAAAGAAAAUUGCUGAUUAUGAUGAAGAAAUCCAGCAUCUUUAUGAGGAGAUGGAACAACAAAUCAAAAGUGAGAAGGAGCAGUUUCUCCUGAAAGACACAGAGAGGUUCCAGACCCUCAGUCAGGAGCUGGAACAGCAGCUGUUAUCUAAGGAGCAGGAACUGGAACAGCUCAUCCAGAAGCAGAAAAGGCUGGAAGGCCAGUGUAUAGCCCUGCACAAUGACAAGCAUGAAACCAAAGCUGAGAAUACCAAGCUGAAGCUCACUAACCAGGAGCUGGCCCAGGAGUUGGAGCGGACCUCCCGUGAGCUACAGGAUGCUCAACAGCAGCUGGAAAGUCUCCACCAGGAGGCCUGCAAACUGCACCAGGAGAAGGAGAUGGAAGUGUACCGCGUGACAGAGAGUCUGCAGCGGGAGAAGUCAGGGCUCCUGAAACAGCUGGAUUUCCUGAGAGAAAGGAACAAGCACCUCCGGGAUGAACGGGACAUAUGUUUUCAGAAAGAUAAGGCAGCCAAGGCAAACAUAGCUGCUUCCACGGCAAGCUGGAAACAGAGAUCUGGUUCUGUGAUCGGCAAAUAUGUGGAUGGCAGAGGGAUUCUUAGAAGCCCAUCAGAGGAGGAGGAAGAUGUGUUUGGUAUCCCGAGGAGGAGGAGCUCCCUGGGCCUGAGUGGAUAUCCCCUCACAGAAGGGGAGCCAGGAACCGGGGAGCCAGGGGCUGGGGGUCUACCCCCCCGGAGACUCCGCAGAAUCAUCUCCAUUGAAGAAGACCCCCUGCCCCAGCUCCUGGAUGGCAGCUUUGAGCAGCCACUGAGCAGAUGCCCAGAAGAGGAGGAGGUCUCCAACCAGGAGGGGAAAGGACAAAUCCAGCAGGCCCCACCCUUGGAACUCACUGCCUCGUCUUCCCGAGGACAGCCUGUUGGAAAAGAAGCCCUGCCUAAGGAGGAAAGCUCUCCAUCCACUCCAGACCGACUCUUCAAGAUUGUGUUGGUGGGCAAUUCCAGCGUGGGGAAGACGUCGUUCCUAAGGAGGUUCUGUGAGGGCCGGUUCUCCCCAGGCAUGGCAGCCACUGUGGGGAUCGAUUACCGAGUGAAGACGGUGAAUGUAGACGACUCUCAGGUGGCCCUGCAGCUGUGGGACACGGCUGGGCAGGAAAGGUACCGUUGUAUCACCCAGCAGUUUUUCAGGAAGGCCGAUGGUGUCAUCGUCAUGUACGACCUCACAGCCAAAGAGUCCUUCCUGUCAGUCCGGCAGUGGCUAAGCAGCGUGGAGGAAUCUGUGGGAGACCACAUCCCUGUUCUUCUGCUGGGCAAUAAAAUUGACAACGAAAAGGAGCGAGAAGUUCCCCGGGGCCUUGGAGAACAGCUUGCCAAGGAGAACAGCCUGAUCUUCUAUGAAUGCAGUGCCUAUUCCGGUCACAACGCCAAAGAGUCCCUGCUCCAUCUAGCCAGGAUCCUCAAGGAGCAAGAAGACACAGUGAGGGAGGACACCAUUCAGGUCGGCCGCCCUGCCAAGAAGAAAUCCUGCUGCAGCUGAUAGGAGGCCUCCCAGGACUGCUGUAGUCAAAGCCCGAGGUCCCAGGGCCCACUCUACAACCUGCACAUGGGCUCCUGUGUGGAUGCCACCCACCAAGGGCCACCAGAACUUUGUCCUCCCCCAAAAAAGAAGGGAAGCACAUUGAGUCAGGAGAGCUACUCUUAGGGUCUUUCCCUUCUCGUUCUAGGCCCCAGGUAUCCAUUCCUUCAUUUUCAGAUCCGUUUCCUGGGGAAGAGGAAACAGAUGGGCUUUUCCAGAACAGCCACUACGUGCCUUCUCCAUCUCCCUUCUCCACUUGCCCUUAGGAGCUGCAGCACUGCAGUUGCCAAGGCAACCAUGCAGGACCGACUUGCUGCUUCUUGCAGGCCAGAGGAUGUACUGCUUGGGUGAUGCUGGGGUAGUUUGUCCUGCUUUGGCUCCUGUUCUCUGGAGACCAAUGGAAUAUCCUUGGUAUAUGUUUCAUGGACCUUGGGAUACCCAUGGUGUUGAGAGAAGCAAACCAGGGCACCCACAUUCUAUUCCACCACCACCACCACCACCACCCUGGGUCCUUCUCCUUCCCAAAUUCACAUCCUUCGGGGGGCCAGCCUCUUGGCAGCCACCAUCUCACUGCAUUUGCUCCUCGGGUUCUCUGGAACCCGCAGCCUUUCCUCCUCACCACCCACCCACAAACCUGGCUCCAAGGUGGACUGUGGUGAUCAAUUUAUGCCUAGGGUUGAGGGAGUAGGCUUACUUCCCACUUAGCUUUGAUGAAGAGAUGAAAAGAAAACUAGGGGAAAAAAAAAAAAACAUCUGCUGCUAAACAGAGAGACCGUUUCUGGAGAGUAUAAAUAAGGUAUAUAUAGCUAUAUAAAAGCCAUUUUCUAAAUGUUUCUCAAAAUAGCUCUGUGAAAAAUCCUACAUGAUGAUUAACGGGCUAGAUUGACAUGCAAGCAUUGAGACCCAACACUAGGUCCAUAGUUACCAACUCAUUUUAUUUUAUUUUACUUUAUCCCAGAAGAUGGUAUUUAAAAAAAAAAAAUAUCUGUGGCUGUGACGUUGACAUUUUGCUGGUGUUGAGAAGUGAACAGACUAUGUAGCUGCUGGCUUCAGCACCCUGGUGACUGCAACAGCCAGUGCACUUUGAUUAAAGGGAAUGGCCUGGAGGCAUAUUCUGUUUCCUUCAGCUGGGUGGGGUAAGCUCGCAGUCCCUGGCAGUGACCUGGUGUCACUGUCUGGCUGUCAGGGGUGCUGGCAAGGAGGGCAUCCCUGCCUGGGUGGGACAGUAGAUGUACAGCUCACUGGCCAUUAAAAUUCUAGGGCUACAGAUCCAGGCCACCAUAGGAAAAAUGGGUGGUCCACAGCCAAGUGGUAUUCCUGGGUGGUGCAAACACGAUUAGGUGCUUGUCUACUAGCCGAGAUGUUGGUGGUUCAAAUCCACCCAGAGGUGCCUGGAAGACAGGCCUGGUGAUAUGUUUCCAAAAGAUCACAGCCUUGAAAACCCUUUGGAGAAGUUCUACUCUGCACGCACUGGGUUGCCAUGAGUCAGAAUUGACUUGAAGGCAACUAACAACACCACCCAAAUAGGGCAAUCAGGGAAAGAGAGGAGCAGAAAUUGUCCACAGUUCUCCAGGAAGGUGGUACAAGAUGAUUCCACACAGCCAACAGAUGGGAGACACACUGGGCAGAGGUUCCAAGGGUGUAGACCUCUGCAGCCUCCUUCCUGGCUUCCCAAAAGAGUCAGAGGCCCCAUAGGCUGGUCACCAGGCAAGUGCUCACCCCUUUUCUGCAGACUUCUUUCUCUCAUUCAGAGCUCGUAGGGACCAGAGAGCCCAUGGAGUAUACAGAAUAAAACCCAGGACUCAGCCCAUGAUGUUGGGCAAGCUAGCUCUCUCCCUGGGCCACCAUCUCCUUUUCAGUAAAAUGGGUGAACUAUUUGAUGUUUUGGGCUCUUCUUGAUCUGAGUGCGUAUAAUGACAUAUUCAGUUUUCAUCCUAGGGGUGGCCCUGAAUCCCAGUACAAGUCUGACGGGCUCACAACAAACUGACCUAAGGGAGGGCAGUGGUGAUGGUCUCAUUAGUGGGAUGUAUGGGGAUGCGUGAGUCACCCAGAGGUGGCCUCCAAACAUCUGUGUGCGUGUGUUGUAUGAUUGUGUGUUGUUGUAUCUGUGUGGAGGGCAAAGUAGAAAGUAGGGAUGGCGGUGGAGAAAAUAGACCAGCUCCCCUGUUUGAGUCAAAAAACCAAGGUGGCAAUUGGGAUUUAUGCGGCAAGCAGAACUAUAAUUGGGGUUCCCAGGACUCACAGAUUCCUUUAUCCUAGAUACCUAGCUCCUCAUUGGGAACUGCAGCCAUUUAUGAAAAGAGCAUUUAAAGUUUAGAGCAAGGUAGGACGACACUGGUGCCUGGUUUUCCAGCAGGCUGGGUAAGUCUGUACCAUGCCUCAAGGUCCAGGCAGAGAGAGAAGUACAAGGGAGGGUCUUCAGGCCUCUGCUAUUUCCUCCUCCAACCCCACCUGAAAAAACUGUGGAGUACAGGGACUUGAGAAAGACUUUGAGAUGUUCUUUGCCCCCAGAUCUUAGCCUCUUCCCUCCCUUUCUUCCUUUUAAGCCACCAAAAUGGCUGAAAGAUCAAAGCUAUCCCAGUAGCUGUCAGCCUUUCCGAGAGCAGACAGACCCUGGGCACAAGAUUGUCAGUAAAAUGUUCUGGCUCUGGCUCAUGUACAUUGCUCCAUCUCCAAGUUGCUUGAGCAAGUCGAUUAAUCAGGCUUCCUUUCCUCAUCCAUAGAGUGGAAGUUUCAAUGUCUACUUUGCAGGAACAUUUUAAAUACUAAAUAGGAUAAUGUAUAUAAAGUACUUUAGCACAGUGUCUACCACAUAGUAGAUGUUAAUAUGCAGGGGCUAUUAUUGUUAUCAACAUCUAGUUGCUGCCCAUAACACUUGCCUGUAUUUCAGAUUUAGAACCAACUAACAUUUUCUAAGCAUCUAUCCAGAACUGGCCACGUUCACAAACACUACCUCAUUUCAGCACCUGGUUACCCAGCCUAUUUGCCUAAGUCCUGAACUCUUACCUGGCUUCGCCCUUUAGCAUCCCUGUCUUUUGUUGCUAUGGGCUUCUUGGUUUCCCUCUCCACCCAGGUUUUACCCAAAUGCCGUGGUUUUCCUACCGGUGUCCUAUCCUGCCAGUGCCUGCUGUCUGAUUUCAGCCCACAGUCCACUCUCUCCCUCUCCCUUUUAUUCUCCGGGACUCAGCAGCUCAUACCUGGUGCCAGCUCCUGGUGACUCCUGACCUAUGCUCAUCACCAUCCCUGACCACACACCUGCUCCCUAUUCUGACUCUGUGCUUCUUCUGGAGUCUGCUGCUGCCCUCAGCCCUGAGCUGUGAAAUCGGAAGCUCCAUCUCCAAACCAAUGCCCCAGUUACCUUGCUUCUUGUCUAGCAUUCUUUCCCCUUUACAGUCUCUUUUGGGGUAUUCUCUGUUCCCCUGUGAUACUCUAACUUCCUCCCACUUCUUCCCAUGCUCACUGUACUUCGUUCUCAAUGCUCCCACACAGUGUUGAACUCCCUUCCUCCCUAUUCUCCCUCUGGGCCCACUCCAGGCUUUACCUGUCUACUGUAUCAAAAAUGGCUCACCCUUUUGGGGCUGUCACUAGAAGUCACUGCUGCAAAAAUCUUAAACCAAUUUUAGCUAAGGGUUAAUGUAAAUGGUGACUCCAAGGUUACACUUAAGCAUUAACAUAGAACUUAGAAAAAAAAAAUUUUUUUUUUUUUCUAAGACAGGAAAAACUUUAAACCAAAGGAAUGAGACUCUAGUGAUGGAGUAUUAAGCACCAUAAUGGGUCAUGGGGGUCAAAUAUUUCAGGACAGAGCUGUGUUC